AUGUUUGCGUGGAGAAGCAUAAGAGGUGCAAUUGCUACUCGUGAGAAUCUCGCUAGAAGAGGUAUGGAGGUGGAUACUAGGUGCCUAAUAUGUGGGGACGAAAUAGAGAGUACUCUGCAUAUGGUUGCAAAAUGUGAAGAAGCUAGGCUGAUUUGGUAUACCUCACCUUUGCGUUUGAAGGCUGAAAAUUAUGAUGGGAGCAAUUUUAGGGAGUGGUGUCUUUCGGUUCAUAAGACUUGCAAGGACUUGAGCUGGUGGAGUUUGUUUUGGAGCAUUGCUUGGGGAAUAUGGCUUCGCAGAAAUGGCUGGACUUUCUCAAAAAAAUUGAUGGUUGUGCAGGAGGUUAUAGGCAGGGCAGCGAGCCUUAUUGGUGAGUUCAAUCUCGCAAAAGAAGUGAGCAGCAUCAACCCUCCUGCAAUGGUGCUUGACGCCACAUGGAAACCCCCUCCUCUUGGUAUGAUAAAGGUUAAUUCUGAUGCGGCGAAGAUCUCCAACUCUGCUGUUGGUUUCGGAGGAGUGAUGUGUGACAAUGUAGGGGAUGUAGUUGUGUCUACAUGUUUGAAGAUGGAAGGGGCUUUCGAGGUAGACGUGAUGGAAGCCAUGGCUAUGCGUCAUGCUCUUCAGAUUACGUUAGAGUCGGGCUUCUCGACCAUUUGCUUGGAGACAGAUUGUCUGAAGCUUUUCUCACAUUUGAAGAAGGCAACGAUCACUUCUAAUGCCUUUGGGGUGAUUGUUAAUGAUAUACUUAAUCUCUCUCGCUCAUGUCAAGUGUGCUCAUUCUCUUUUGUGAAGCGUACAGGCAACCAAGUGGCUCAUAGCCUAGCUAAGCUAUGUAAUAUUUACUCUGAUCUUAGAGUGUGGCUAGAGGAUUACCCAUAUGAUGUAACUCAAUUUGUUUUGGCCGAUUUGAGCCACUUUGUUGCUUAA